GAGGGCCGAGGCACUAUUUUGGUACACACUGUACGACCUGCCAGCGAAAAUCAUCCUGGGCUGCCUUUCAAAAGUACAUGCGUGCAUAGCGCUAAAGCAUAAACGUAAGCCAGCGCGCCUCUUGUACGCCUUACACACUUACACUUACCUCCUUGCAAACUGCACAACAGCCCGAGAGGUCGCGUCUUUCAGCACCAUCCAUAGCCACGCACCUUGCUUUAAGCUUAGGACAAGAUGUUCUUGGUGAACUGGUUCUACGGGAUUCUGAAUUACCUGGGCCUAUACAACAAGAACGCAAAGAUCCUGUUCCUGGGCUUGGACAAUGCCGGCAAGACGACCCUGAUGCAUAUGCUGAAGGACGAUCGCGUGGUUCAGCACCAGCCAACGCAAUACCCUACAUCCGAGGAGAUUCAAUUGGGCGGUAUUAACUUCAAAGCCUUCGAUCUCGGCGGCCAUGAGAUUGCGCGACGAGUUUGGAAGGACUAUUACGCCAAGGUGGACGCUAUCGUCUACCUGGUAGACGCUGCGGACCACGAGCGCUUUCCGGAGGCAAAGAAGGAGCUGGACGGGCUGCUUGGCGAUGACUCCCUUGGGACCGUUCCUUUCCUCAUCCUGGGCAACAAGAUUGAUAUCCCGACCGCUGUUUCGGAGGAUGAGCUGCGGAACUGGCUGGGUCUGACGUACACGACCGGCAAGGGCAAGGUGAACCUGAGCGAUUCGAAGCUUCGGCCCUGCGAGGUGUUCAUGUGCUCGGUUGUCAAGCGCAUGGGCUAUGGCGAGGGUUUCCGGUGGCUGAGCCAGUACAUCAAGUAAGAGGAAUCUGUUGUCAAGUCGACUGCCUGGGAUUUAGUGAGGCGGGAACUGACGCGUGACCGUCAUAACGCACCACGCGUUUAGUGGGCCGCAUACGUUGCGGGUCGCAGUGCUGGAUACAUAUGUACAUCAUACUGGCUCGAUUUUUUUCGUGCAAGCUGACGGUUGCCUGUUUGUUAGUGGUGGUAGGAAGGUGGUUAGUGGCGGGGAAAAACACAGAAGCCCCCGUUUCCCUAGGGGGACCGUCUGGUUUCAGCUAGAUUAGGCAUAUGCCUUCGGUGCACAUAGGUGUAUAGGUUCUUGACUUGGCCUCAAGAUUAAGACCAUGAAAGACGAAGAAACCAAAAGGGUUGAGAGGUUGGGGGACCCUGAUGGUAUUUGGCCAUUAGCACGCACAUAGCCCCUGCGUUGCUGCGGUUGGUAUGUUACAUAUACGAGUAUGUGUAACAGGAGGACAUGUUUUGUGAUGGGUAUCAAUCUUCGUAGUCUACUGGAAAUGCC